GCAUUCGUUGUGGUUGUCGGCAUCAACUCGUACGGCGAGGGCUCCGAGCUGAACGAAGCGAAUAAGGACGCGCUUUCAGUUCAUGACUUCCUUCUGCACGAUCUCCAAAUUCCCGUGGCCCACAUCAAGCUAUUUCUUGACCACGACGCUACGCGCCGGUGUAUUAUGGAUGCACUACACACACACUUCCUUAAUAACCCUGACGUCCGCCCUGGCGACGCAAUCAUAUUCUACUUCGCAGGCCAUGGG